AUGCCUUCUUUAGAUGCAACUAAAUUGACAGUAAACCGAGACAAAAUGAACAUAACCGUGCUGAAGUACUGCGAGCACCUGCACGGGAAAUGGUACUUCAGCGAGAUCCGCGCGAUCUUCUCGCGCCGCUACCUGCUGCAGAGCACCGCUAUCGAGAUGUUCCUCGCGAGCAGGACGUCAAUAUUCUUCGCGUUCCCGGACCAGGCGACGGUGAAGAAGGUGAUAAAGGCGCUGCCGAGGGUUGGUGUCGGCAUCAAGUACGGCAUCCCGCAGACCAGGCGCGCGUCAAUGAUGUCUCCUCGUCAGCUCAUGCGCAACUCCAACAUGACGCAGAAGUGGCAGCGACGUGAGAUAUCUAACUUCGAGUAUCUCAUGUUCCUGAACACUAUCGCAGGUCGUACGUACAACGAUUUGAACCAGUACCCGGUGUUCCCCUGGGUGCUCACCAACUACGAGAGCGAAGAGUUGGACCUCAGCCAGCCGUCCAACUACAGAGAUUUGUCGAAGCCGAUCGGCGCGCUGAACCCGAGCCGACGCGCGUACUUCGAGGAGCGCUACAACACGUGGGAGCAUGAGUCUACGCCUCCCUUCCACUACGGCACCCACUAUUCCACCGCCGCCUUCGUGCUCAACUGGCUCGUGCGCAUCGAACCAAUGACAACGAUGUUUUUAGCGCUACACGGUGGCAAGUUCGACCACCCCAACCGACUGUUCUCGUCCAUAGCUAUGUCCUGGAAAAACUGCCAGAGAGACACCUCCGAUGUAAAGGAACUGAUCCCUGAACUAUUCUUCCUGCCUGAAAUGCUGGUAAAUAGCUCCGGAUACAAGUUGGGUAUUCCGGAAUCUCCGUCCGGUGACGUCAUCCUACCGCCCUGGGCGUCUUCAGCGGAAGAAUUUGUGAGGAUCAACCGCAUGGCGUUAGAGUCAGAAUUCGUCAGCUGUCAACUACAUCAGUGGAUCGAUUUGAUCUUUGGUUACAAACAGAGAGGUCCGGAGGCCGUACGCGCCACGAACGUGUUCUAUUACCUGACGUACGAGGGCGGCGUUCGAUUGGAGUCACUAACUGAACCGCUAACUCGAACCGCCGUCGAAGACCAGAUCCGAAGCUUCGGACAAACUCCGGCUCAGUUACUAUCCGAGCCGCACCCCCCACGCGCCUCGGCGCUUCACUUAGCCCCGCUAAUGUUCGCGGCCGCGCCCGACGACGUGUGCCUGCGACUCAAGCUGCCGUCCAACGCCGCCGUGGUGCACGUGUCAGCCAACACCUACCCGCAGCUCGCAAUGCCGGCAGCUGUCACGGUGAGCGCGGCGCGAGCGUUCGCGGCGCACCGCUGGGCGGGCGGCGGCUGUGCGCACGCCGCGCCCGCGCGCCACGCCGACCACCCGCCGCCGCACCACCCGCUCUCCAUGGACCCCGUGUGGGCGGCGGGCGGCGCGGGCGUGGCGCGGCGCCAGCUGGGCGACAACUUCUCGCAGCGCGUGCGCGCGCGCAGCAACUGCUUCGUCACCACCGUCGACUCGCGCUUCCUCAUCGCGGCCGGCUUCUGGGACAACAGCUUCCGAGUCUUCUCCACCGAGACCGCGAAAAUAGUACAAAUAAUCUUCGGCCACUACGGUGUGGUGACGUGCGUGUCACGCUCGGAAUGUAACAUUACGUCGGACUGCUACAUUGCGUCCGGCUCUGAGGACUGCACUGUGCUACUGUGGCACUGGUCUGCGCGUCACGGCGGCAUCGUGGGCGAGGGCGAGACCCCCGCGCCGCGUGUCACGCUGACGGGACACGACGCGCCUCUCAACGGCGUGCUCGUCUCUGCGGAACUGGGGCUCGUCAUAUCUUCCUCUGUCAACGGGCCCGUGCUGGUGCACACGACGUUCGGCGAGCUGCUGCGCUCGCUGUGCCCGGCGGAGGGCGUGGCGGGCCCGCAGCAGCUGGCGCUGUCGCGCGAGGGCGUGGUCGUGGUCGCCUACAAGCGCGGGCACCUCGCCGCCUACACGCUCAACGGCCGCCGCCUGCGCCACGAGACGCACAACGACAACUUCCAGUGCCUGGCGCUGUCCCGCUGCGGCGAGUACCUGGUGUGCGGAGGCGACGCCGGCGUGGUGGAGGUGUGGCGCGCGUUCACGCUGGCGCCGCUGUACGCGUUCCCGCCCGCCGGCGCGCCCGUGUGCAGCCUGGCGCUGUCGCACGACCAGCGGUUCCUACUCGCAGGCUUGGAGAACGGGUCACUCGUUGUGUUCCACAUCGACUUCAAUCGAUGGCACCACGAGUACCAACAGCGGUACUGAGGCUGGGAGUACCCUAGGUUUAAUUUCUAUUAAACAUCGCAACAUGGCAACAUCUAUGGCGGCCUCAACACUAAACGCCAUCUAUCGGUCGUGACUUGUCAACAGAGAUGACAACUGCCCAAAGUACACGUCACUUCUCGUGACAUUUGUGACAAACAAUGAAUGUUGCCAGAUACUAUCUUAUGAUUCGCGGUAAUUCUUAAAUGACAAAU